AUGGCCGUCGACUCGAUCCCGGAUUUUCUCGCCGAGCAAAGAGACAAGGCACCGGAAGAGUUACAAUCCCUUGUCCUUGACUUCGAAACUUUCUGGGAGCGCAAGCUAUGGCAUCAACUCACCGACUCUCUCGUUCAAUUCUUUAAUCACCCCAAGAGCGCACCUCAGCGCCUGGCCUUCCACAAGGUUUUUAUUCUGAAAUUUGCGGAUAAAAUCAAUCAGCUCAAGCUGGUGGAUCUUGCAUUAAAAGCCGCGACGCAGUGCAAAGAUGACCAGGAACGCUUAUCCUUUUUGCUAUCUGUGGUGAAAAAGGUCGAUAAUGAUACAUCACAAGACGCACUCGUGUUCGCAUCUGUGGCAGUGUCCCGUGUAAAGCUCAAUCUCAACAGACUGGAUGACGCUAGACAAGAUUUGGAUGCUGCCGAGAAGAUCUUGGACACGUUCGACUCCGUGGAGACGGUAGUCUACGCCGCGUUCUAUGAUGCCAACGCAAGCUAUUAUCAGAGAAAAAUGGACUUCGCAAACUACUAUCGCACUUCUCUCCUGUACCUUGCUUGUAUCGACUUGUCGUCUCUCUCAAGUGAAGAACGUCACAAGCGAGCCUACUACAUUAGUAUAGCUGCCUUGGUUUCAAGCAGUAUAUACAACUUUGGAGAGCUUUUGCUUCAUCCGAUUCUUGAUUCCCUCGCUGAUAGCGAAGACGACGCCUGGCUCCGCGAGCUCUUAUUCGCGUUUAACCGAGGCGAUCUUGUAGCAUUUGAUGCUCUAUCCGACAACAUUGCAUCUCACAAGCUACUAAACGAACACUCUACUCACCUACGACAAAAGAUUUAUCUUGCCGCGCUCACUGAAGCCGUUUUUCGACGGCCCCCCAACGAUCGUACCAUUACCUUCGCAACAAUCUCGCACGAGACCAAGGUCGGGCAGAAGGAAAUUGAGCACCUCGUCAUGAAAGCUUUAAGUCUGGGUCUGUUACGAGGAACAAUUGACCAAGUAGAUGAAGUUGCGCACAUCACCUGGGUACAACCGAAGGUGCUUGAUAUGAAGCAAAUAGGCAACAUGCGCCAACGUCUACUUGACUGGGACUCCAAGGUUAACCAGCUUGGUAACUGGAUCGAGACCGCCGGAAAAGAUGUCUGGGCUGCUUGA